CUGGAGCUGUUCAGGAGGAGACCGUCAUAAGCUCGCAAUCCAAAACCGACAAGAUCUCUUGUUGUUGUUUUUUGUUUUUUGUUGUUGUUGUUGUUUUUCACCAUGAAAGCCAUCAGUCCCGUCCGCUCGGUGAGGAGCUGCUACAAGGCCGUGUGCUGCAUUUCGGAGCAGAGUCUCGCCAUCAGCCGGAAUAAACACUCGUGUCUGGACGAACCCGUGGGCGCCCUGUGCGACAUGAACGACUGCUACUCCAAGCUGAAGGAGCUGGUGCCGAGCAUUCCACAGAACAAGUCGGUUAGCCAGAUGGAGAUCCUCCAGCACGUCAUCGACUACAUCUUCGACCUACAGAUCGCGCUGGAGGCGGAGGACGCAGCCGCGCCGGAGAUGGUUUUGUCAAUAAAGACAGCGGAUCUUACGCGCAAUUUCUCCAAAGAAGAAGGACGGUUGUGCCAGUAGGAUGAUAAAGGCAGAUUCUGGUGCAGGGAAACACAUGUCUCCACUUCACUCCGGGCAAGAGGACAAGAGGGGCAGAAAGGGUGGGAUAGGUAUUUGGGAGAAAGAGAAGGAGAAGAAAAAAGGAGGAGGAGGAGGAGGAGGUGGAGGGUUUAAAGAAAAGAAGGAGAAAAAAGUGGACUUAAAGAAAAGAAGGAGAAAAAAGUGGACUGUUUCCUAGAUGAGUGGGGAUCAACAGUAGUGCAUGAGCAAGGAAACAGAGACUCAUUCUUAGGCCUGGACAGACAAAUCAACACACCAAAGCAGAAGCCAGGACUGGAAACUGAAAACGACCAUUUUUGUCUGCCUUCCUCUCAAACCUGGGAUUCGUUAUACAUACAAGUAGAAAUAUUGGUACUUUGUCAUUUUUUAUCUCGUUUUGUUUUUGUAUUGCAUUCCAACCUAUUUGUGGGUUGAUCUCCACACCCAACCUGAACCUUACCUACAUCAAGUCUUAUAUCACCUCACAUAAUUAUCACACACACACACACACCCAAAAUAAUGUUUUCUAAUGAUCUUGAGACUGUUAAAACUUCUUAAGAAUGUGUACAUAUCUGCUGUGGGUAUGUAAGGUGUGAGUCAAUAUUUUUGUGAAUGGGAGUUUUGUUAGGUAUAAUCAGAACUCUAUACUAGAGUUAAUUGUAAAUGUUUGUAGGGAUUGUGUUAUUUCUACAGACAAAUGUGCCGUGAGUUUCAUAAACUCUUUAUUAUAAAGUUUGCUUUGUAUGUAUGUUCUUAUGUAAUGAAAUAAAAAAGACAAAGAAAAAAAAACAA